GAUGGCUCUGUUAAAAAGCUCUGAGCGGCUUCAUCUCCAAUUCAUUGUGUGGCACAUCCGUUACAGAGGCUGCAGGAACCAUGAGCCGGAAAGUCGUGAGGUCUAGUAAAUUCCGCCAUGUCUACGGACAGCCUGUCAAGGCCGACCAGUGCUACGAUGACAUCCGUGUUUCCCAGAUGACAUGGGAUGGGAAUUUUUGUUCUGUCAACCCCAAAUUCCUGGCCAUCGUCGUAGAAUCCAGUGGGGGAGGUGCCUUCUUGGUCCUGCCAUUGUCCAAGACUGGCCGCCUGGAAAAGUCCUACCCUGUGGUGUCAGGGCACACGGCCCCUGUGUUAGAUGUAGAGUGGUGUCCCCACAAUGACCAUGUCAUUGCCAGCGGAGCCGAGGAUUGCAACGUUAUGGUCUGGGCGGUGCCUGAAGCUGGCCUCAUCCGGUCCUUGAAUGAGCCCCUGGUGACCCUCGAAGGCCACUCCAAGCGGGUGGGGAUUGUCUCAUGGCACCCAACAGCGCAGAAUCUCCUGCUCAGCGCAGGAUGCGAUAACCUAGUGACUGUUUGGGAUGUGGGAGUGGGGCAGGCAUCGAUCUCGCUGGAUGACUUGCACCCAGAUGCCAUCUACAGCACGGUCUGGAACCAGGAUGGUUCUUUGCUCUGCACGGCCUGCCGGGAUAAACGCGUCCGGCUGUUUGACCCGCGGGCAGGAGGCAAAGUUGCCAAUGAGCUGCCACGUCCCCAUGAGGGAUCACGUCCUGUCCGGGCCGUUGUGGUGAAUGACGGGAAACUGCUGACCACCGGCUUCAGCCGUAUGAGCGAGCGACAGGUGGCUCUAUGGGACCCGAGGAAUCCUGAGGAGCCCCUGACCCUUCAGGAGCUGGACACGAGCAGUGGGGUCCUGCUGCCUUACUAUGAUCCAGACACCAACGUUGUUUACCUGACUGGCAAAGGCGACAGCAGCAUUCGCUAUUUUGAGCUCACAGGAGAGGCUCCCUUCGUACACUAUCUAUCCAUGUUCAGCUCCAAGGACUCACAGCGAGGCGGGGGAUGGAUGCCGAAACGUGGCCUGGAUGUCAGCAAGUGUGAGAUUGCCAGGUUUUACAAGCUGCAUGAGAGGAAAUGUGAACCCAUUGCUAUGACAGUGCCUCGGAAAUCAGACCUGUUCCAAGAGGACCUGUAUCCUGACACAGCUGGGCCAGACCCUGCUAUGACGGCAGAAGAAUGGCUUUCAGGGAAGAAUGCUGACCCCAUCCUGAUAUCGCUUAAGGAUGGUUACACUCCCCAGAAGACCAGAGAGUUCAAGGUCAACAAGAGCCUCCUGGAAGGGCCAAAGAGAAGCCACCUAUCCCACGACAGGGUACAACAGGGGGGUUUGGGUUUAGAGCAGCUCUCUGAGGAUCUGAAGCGGCUGCAAGCCACUGUCUCCGAACAGGAACGGCGCAUCUCAGAACUGGAGCAUCUCGUGAAGAAAUAGGUCGUCUUCGCCCCUUCUCCAACCAAUUUGUUUCCCCAUCGGUUACAUCGGACGAUUUCAGCCGUCUUCUAAAAAGCCCUCCAUUGUUCAUGGGUGGAUCCUCAGGGCAUUAUUAAGCUCCACCCACCCCCAGACUCAGGGCAGAAAGCAGGUUUGGGAGGCAUUUGCCGGGGCUGUUUCCCACUGCAGCUUGCCAGUCAGAUAGGCUGUUCUUUUGCCUAGACAAAUGCUGCGUAAAUGCCUAAUUUUCCCCUAGAAGUCACUCAGUGUAUCACCUUGCUAUGCUUCUGGGAAAUUAGAGGCAGCCUCUUCCUAAAUUCCAUAGCCCACCCUUUCCCUGGGUGAUUAUCUCCCAGAGGUCAGGAAGGAACCACCUUUUUUAUUCUUCCUUUGCAAUUUUCCCACCACAAUGGACUCCCUUCCCAGAACUUUGUCAGGAAGUAUCCUUCACUAUGGCUUUAGAGAACAGGGCUUUCAUCAUGGUGAUUAGCCAAUGGCUCAAUCAAAAAUACUUUGAUAAACUAAAAUUGUGCCCCUAACUAUGUAGCUGAUUUUAAAAAACUUUAAAAAACAAUUAUUUUUAUUUUUAAAAACCCUGCCGAUGACAAAGCCGUUUUUAAACAGAGAAAUUCUUCCCCCCCCCGAGUAAGAACGCCUCUUCCACGAUGCCUGCUGCAGUAAAAUACAUGCAUCAUCUCAGAAUAAAACAGUCUUUUCCCUUUUAAAACUACUGUUUUUUCUAAUAUGCAUAUUUAUGCAGAUUGAUUAAAUAGAUUAAAAGAA